AUGAGAUGCACGGAGGGCAACGGAAACACAGUCGGGGGCGGAGAUGCCGAGGCUGAAGGCAUCGACAAGCCCGCAACUUCUGUUGAGGGUAUCGCUCCGGAUCCAACGGGCAUGGCCGCCGGCUCAGUGGAGGCGAAAUACCUGGCAUCUGGCGAUAAUGCUGCCAAAGAUCCGGCGAAGGUACCUGUCGAAGCUGCAAUGUGGAGUAAAGCUGCUCCUGCCAUGCGUAUCAUCAACGACAUCUCGGAUACAUGGGAGCGGUUCGGCAAUGCUUUGUCUCCUCAGCAUCCAUUCCCUUAUUGGGAGCCGCGGCUCAAGCUUGCGUGCCCGAUGAUACCUCUCGCUCUAAUUACAUGUCUCGUCAGCACUGUGUUCUUCUUGCGGAUGGCAACCUUUCUCUCGGGUGUGGUGUUCUUCGGUCAACCCCUCCUCGUUCGCAGCCUGCGUGCACUCACACGUCGGAUUCCCCAUUGGCAAAAAUACCUCGAGCUACGAAGAACGCUGCUGGCCGGUGUGCCCACGAAUGCGCAAUUGACUCUGACCCUCCUUCGCAUAGCGGAGAAAAACAAAGCACCUCUGCCUCCUCCACCUACCUCGGAGCAGCCUACAGUAUCGGAUUCGGACGACGAGUCUGAUUCAUUCGACGGUUCUUCAUAUGACGUCGAUACAGACUCAGAAGACUACAGAGACCAGGUGUAUAGCGAGAAGGACUACGCCGAUGGAGAUGAAGAAGGUGCUAAGAAGCGCAAGCCAGGCCGGAAACUUGCUGCCGCUCUCAAACGAACCGUCAAGGCCGGUGUUGGCGGCGCCCUCGGCAUAGAUCAUCUGAAGGCCAAAGUAGGAUCUGAGCCUGCCAAGAAUCGUCUUGGUGCCGUCGCUCAGUCACCGCCUUCGGAGACCAUGCAUAAGGGCUCGGACGAUGGCAGUGUCCAGAGCGAACACCCUCCCGAGGUCGCGCGGGUUAACCUUCCAGGAGGUGAGGGCCCUUGCGUAUUCUCCGCUCGCCUGCACGGGAAGAAGGGCUAUGUCAUCCUCGUAAACACUGCAACAUAUCUUCGCCUGGUCCCUUCCCAGCAGCCGUAG